GUUCGUCUUUACAUUUGACAGGAGGAAUGGCUGAACAAAUUGAGAUCAAUAACAAAUCAUUUACUAUACUGGUAUUUAUGCUACCAAAUGAUACAAUUGUGGUCAAUGAUGAUCGAGGAAGGCAACCCAAGAGGCAAAAACGUGAUUCUGGAGGUGGUUUCUCGGAUUCUUCUAAGAUGUCCCAAACCAAGGUGAUGCAAGUCUUUUUACAAAUGUGGAUCAAGAACCCUUUCACAAGCACACACGUCGGUGGCACAAAUCCGUUACACCCUGAUACUGUGAAGCCGGUUGUACAGUUGUUCAAACAAAGAAUCAUUGCAUUUUUCUUCCCAGAAGUUGGAGGUUCGGAAGAAGAACGAUAAAUGUAUUGUUUAUAUGUCAAGUUUUUAGCAGAAAUACCGGGACUUUAUUUUUAUAAGACUUGGCUGGGGUACUGCCGUGCCCUCAGAUACAGUGAAAUAUUACUGAAAACAUGAUACGUAACUGUAAAUUCUUUUUAUUUGACGUAAUAUUUUUCUGGUAUUUAUGUGCCAAUUUUACUACCGUCACUUUUUUACGAAUAUUAUGGUAUGCAAUUAAUAUUUUUAAAUGGAUUUGAGAUAAUAGCAAUCAAAUUUAAAUAAUUCUUUUUGUUGAAAAAAUUAAAUGUUUGUCACAUAUACUAUUCAAAGUCAGUUUAAUUAGAAUUUUAGGUAACGUAAGUGAAUAAAUAAUGGUUAUAAGUGUUUAUGAAUUAUAUGACCUAAGUUAUUCUUGUAGAAAAGGGCAAAUAAAUUUUAAUACUGUUUGCAAGCAUUUUAUUCGUGUCCAUGAUUUAAUGAUACUAUAUCGAUGUAAGAUAAAUUUAACCCUUAACUUGAGUGUAUUUUUGCCUGGGAAUCAAAGUAAUCAGCAUAAAAUCUAUAAUUAUAAAAGUCUUCGUUUGUUUUAAAGUUAACGAUUA